GGGAGGCCAUUGUGGCUGGGGCGGCCCUGCGUGCCGGAGGAGCAGGGCGGCUGCGGCGGCCCUGGGAGCGCAGCGCCCUGUCCCGUCUCGUCCUGCCCCGCCCCCGCUGAGCUCGGCGCGGUCCCGCCGAGGAGGAGACGAUCUUGAAAACUAUACCAGGUCCUUGAGAGAGAAAACUACAUGACACUACACCAUGAGUGACAGUAAAUGUGAUAGUCAGUUUUACAGUGUUCAAGUUGCAGAUUCAACAUUCACUGUAUUAAAACGUUACCAGCAAUUGAAGCCCAUCGGAUCAGGUGCACAGGGCAUUGUUUGUGCUGCAUUUGAUACAGUCCUUGGAAUAAAUGUUGCUGUAAAGAAGCUGAGUCGUCCUUUUCAGAAUCAAACACAUGCAAAAAGAGCAUACAGGGAGCUUGUUCUUUUAAAAUGUGUCAAUCACAAAAAUAUAAUUAGUUUAUUAAAUGUAUUUACACCACAGAAGUCGCUAGAGGAGUUUCAGGAUGUAUAUUUGGUUAUGGAGCUCAUGGAUGCAAAUUUGUGCCAGGUUAUUCAUAUGGAGUUGGAUCAUGAAAGAAUGUCUUACCUUCUCUAUCAGAUGCUCUGCGGUAUCAAACAUCUCCAUUCAGCUGGUAUCAUCCACAGAGAUUUGAAACCCAGCAACAUAGUAGUAAAGUCAGAUUGUACACUCAAAAUCCUUGAUUUUGGACUGGCAAGAACAGCGUGUACUAAUUUUAUGAUGACUCCAUAUGUAGUAACACGGUAUUACAGAGCACCAGAGGUUAUCCUUGGAAUGGGAUAUAAAGAGAAUGUUGAUAUCUGGUCAGUUGGGUGCAUCAUGGGAGAAUUGGUGAAAGGUUGUGUGAUAUUCCAAGGCACUGAUCAUAUUGAUCAGUGGAAUAAAGUUAUUGAACAGUUAGGAACGCCAUCAGCAGACUUUAUGAAGAAACUACAACCUACAGUGAGGAAUUAUGUAGAAAACAGGCCAAAAUAUCCUGGUAUUAAAUUUGAAGAGCUCUUUCCAGACUGGAUAUUUCCAUCAGAAUCUGAUCGUGACAAGUUAAAAACCAGUCAAGCUAGAGAUUUAUUAUCAAAAAUGCUUGUAGUAGAUCCAGACAAGAGAAUUUCUGUAGAUGAAGCCUUACGUCAUCCUUAUAUCACUGUCUGGUAUGAUCCGGCUGAAGCAGAAGCUCCUCCACCUCAAAUCUAUGACGCACAAUUGGAAGAAAGAGAACAUGCAAUUGAGGAAUGGAAAGAAUUAAUAUACAAAGAAGUAAUGGAUUGGGAAGAAAGAAGCAAGAAUGGUGUGGUAAAAGAUCAGCCCUCAGAUGCAGCAGUGAAUAGCAACACCAGUCCUUCCCAGUCAUCAUCUAUCAAUGACAUUUCAUCCAUGUCAACAGAGCAAACAUUGGCUUCAGAUACAGACAGCAGCCUCGAUGCCUUGACAGGACCCCUUGAAGGAUGCCGAUGAUCAGCCAGGAUUGCAGACUUAACUUUGGAAAAGAACUCUUGCUUCCAUUGGGCCUGAAUUGCUUGUAAGUUAAUGGAACCAAGUAGAAAAACUCCAUGUUCUGCAUGUUCUACUGAAGUAAUGCCUGUAUUUUUUUUACUCAGUUGUUAUAAAACUGCCUGCUUAAUGUUGUAGAAUGAAAGCGAAUCAAUGUCUAAAGAAUAAAAAUCUAAAUUUAGACACUAUUAUAGGCUUUUCUUUGUUCCAGCCUGUUUCAGGUGAGCAGUUAUAAUAGUCGUAUAGCCAAUAACUCCUCUUGAGUGGGUUUAUGACUUUUCAAUCUCAACCGGUAGGCUUCUGUGAUGCAAAUGGUUGUUUACAUUUUAGUACAGUAUUGCUCAUCAGUAGGUUUUCUUGAAUGUAUAGUCUCUGUGAAGUUUGUUUAAAUGUGUGACUGUGGCAGUUUGCUUGAUUUAACUACUGGAGUGUUAGUUGCGAGUGUUAACUCGCAUAUUGAGCACUCCGAGUACUGUAUUUAAAGGGCAGUUACUUUUUCGCAUAUCACUUUCUCUUCACUUCCCAAAGACUCUGUGUAUCUUCUUCUCGAAGAGAGAAAUGUGACCUUUAAAGAACAUAGCCAUUGCUUCCUAUUUCACCUAUGAAUGUAUGAAAGAGUAUGUGUCUUGACUCCUUUCGGUUAUUAAAACAUGGAAAGGAGAUACAGUGGCUUAACUCAAUCUUAAGAAAGGGAUAUUUGUUGACUGACAUAUCUGUGAAGCAGUGUCUGUUUAGAAGAGGGGAGAGUGCUAAAUUGUCCUGUACCUUUCUGGCUUGUGAUACUGGUCCUUUAACAAAAACAAACAAAAAAGGGAAAUUAAAUCUGAUGUUCCUCAUUUCAUCGUUCAAUGCAAGCUCUGAUAAAAGGACAGACAAAUGGGAGAGACUUGCAGCUUAAGUGACCUGGAAAAGAGCUGCAUAAUUCUUUCUAGUUUUUUAAUGGGUACAUUCUAUCUAGUGAAUUUUAAGAAACAGUAUGAUAGUAGUUUUGAGUAAUUUGUCAGCUAAGCUGAUUUGUCAUCUAAGAUCAUUUAUUUAAUAUAGCUAAAUGGUAUUCCCAAAUUAGAAAAAACUCUGUUUAUACCAAGGGAGGAAAACAUAAAUAUGUUUUCUAAAGACAGUGUCAGAAGACAGGAGGAGACUAUUUGCUGUUUCAAUACAGGCUUAUCAAGGCAGCCUUCAGAAUCAGAUGAUACAAACAUUGCCUCUUACAUUGCACAAUAUUUUAAAUUCUUAGAAAACGUGUUUGCGAUAGUGUAGGGCUAAAAUUAUCAAAUACUACACAUCUGUGUAUUUGUACAUGUUCACUUUAGAGCAUGCAGAUGUAUGAAAUAUUUUGCUAAAGGAUCUUUGUGUGUGCAUGCAUGUGUGCAAGAUUAAACAAUAUUACUAUAAUAGCAAUGAAGAGAGGUCCAAGAUGAGGUAAAACACCACUUUCUUAAAGGCACUGUAUUUAACUGUUCAUCUCGAUACUGUGGACUUGAAUAUUUAAAGAGAACUUGUAAAAUAUACUUGCCUAGCAAGCCCCUGCAUUGCUGAGAUGUCUAGUACUCUCUGUAAAAGAAAAGAGAAUUUACCUGUCAUUUUUGGCCUUAAGAUUUGAAAAACAGUAGUCUCUGUUAAUGCAAACGUUGCUUUUAGAUUAGGGUUGUACUCAUUUUUAAAAUAGCUUGAUUUGCUAUAGCAAAUAUAUUCAAUUUUAGAAUUUACUGUCUCAGAAGGCAAAAAAAAAUGUUGGAAUUGUCAUCUGGCAUCUUGGAUUUUUUUUUUUUUUUACUGUUUAACUGAAGUGCAGGAGUUUGGUUUAUCGUUAGAUACUGGUGGUAUAUGUGAAAUGGUUUUAGUGCAUUCUGUCACUAGAACAAACAUCUAAUAAUACCUAUUAUCUUACAGCAGUACAAGUUGCUGUUCUUUUUUUUUUAAUACUUGUUAUUUGUGUGAGUUCAAUUAAGACACCUAUUCAAAAUGAACAUUAGCAAGUUGAGAUUAGCUGCAUUCAAUCCUUUAUAGGCUAGCAAAAGAUGCAGCUGCUAUAGAAUGAAACUAAAGAGAAAACUUCUGAACAUAUAAAUGUGGACAAUCAGCAAAGCACAGUUAUCUUUUUGAGAUAAAGCUGCUCGUUAGUCAUCAGUGACACGGUGGUGCUAAGUAUGUUGUACUUUAUAAGGGGGUGACUUUUCUGACAAGGGGUGCUCAGCAUUUUUGUCCAAAAAAAAGCAUCCCGUAAACAUUGGUGAACCAAAAUUACUGCCCUUUUUUUUUUCUAGAGGCUGUUUUAAAUAUUUUUUUUUUCUUUUUUGAAGAAUCUUGUUGGAAAGUAGUAGAUUACUGCAUUUUACAUACAUUCUAUACUUCUGUGAAAGAGCGCUUUUUCUGUACAUGAACAUGAGAGGCUGAAGUCUUUAGCAGUUGAUUAAACCUGCUGCUACAACAACUGCAAAGCAAAUGCAUCCACUUUACAGGCAUGGUAAGUGACUAGAACAUUAAUAACUUACUUCCUGCUAGCUUUAUUCUAGGCCUGUUUAUGUAAAAGAUGUGGCUGAGCACGGAUUUUACUUUUUCAAUACUGACCUUUUUUUUCUUUUUCUUUCUAUUUUUUUUCUGCUCCUUCAAUUUAAUUGCUCUGUGUUUCCCUGCAUAUUUUGGAUGCACAGAGUUUAAUUUUUCAUAUUGGAUUUGAGCUGCUUGGAACAUGAGUCCUGGAGGAAUAGAUGACCUCCAGGUCUUUUCCAACAGAAAUUAUUCUAUGAUUUAAAUUUGUCUUUUAUAUUUUUCAAUACAAAACUGAUCUAUCCUCAUGGUUGGAACUGAUGUCUGACUUUCUCCUAGUAUAUAACUUUAUCUUGGAGUUAAAACAGCUGUGAGGUUGACUGAGCUUCCUUGUAAAUCUUACUGUAGGAAAAGCAGUGAUUUUUUUUUUAAUGGAUUCUUGAUAUGACAUUAGUGGAUGCUUCAAUUUUUUACAGAACUGUUACUGUCUUGGAAACGUGCAUGAAAUGAAAAGACUGUGAAUAUUGUGGUUUUGAUUCCAGUAUAAUUUUUUAAAUUGUUAAUAAACUGAAUCAAUGUUCAGUUCUCAAGAUGACAGUUAGGCAGAUUGUGUUCAGAAAAUUGCAUGCAGAAUAGAUGCAUGCUAAAGUUUGCGCAUUGUUUCAGUGUGCACAUACAGACUAUAAAUGCACUGCACGCAGAUUUUAUACAUCUAGUUGUAUUCCUGACUGCAGAUUAAGUUCAGUGCCCCAUUUUGUGAAAUGGUCUUCAAUGCAGUAAGAACCUCAUCACUGAUGGAAAACAAAGUGCAGAUGUAAUUUGACAGGAGUUUAAAAGUUUAGAGUUUGGUGUGCAAUAGAACCACUUUUAUUCCUAAUGUUAAAAUCAUGUAUGUAAAAUGAUGCCAUUGACCAUUUUUUUGCACUUUUGUCAUUUAUAAAUAUUUAUAUGUAUUUAAAGAUUAUGACUAUGUGAGUGUGUGUGUGUAGUGUAUAUACAUAUAUAUAUUAAAAAAUGCUUAGUUCUGUAAACACGAAUGUUACUUUUCUGUAUGAGAGACUGUAUAGUAUUAACACUACUGCAGUAUACAUAAAUGAUUUAUGAAAUACAUGAUUAAAAAUAAGUGAUGGUCGACAUAGAUGCAAUCUGUAUUCUUAACUGCUCACCUGAAAAAAGAGAAAUCUGUGGCUAUUAACCAGAUUAUUUACCUGAAACAUUAUAUUAAACAUCAACACUGAGUAGCUGUAUGGCAUUGCAGAAAUGGAGUAUGUUUUGAAAACAUUUCAUCUGUGCUCAUAUCACUUUUCCUCAAAAAGCAAAACUUAGAAGCCAACAAUUUUUAAAUCUGGAUAAGAAGCCUGUAAGCAUGCUUUGAGGAAAUACUGUGAUAUGAAGGGCUUGUUUUUAUUAAAAGUGAUGAAACAUAAGAAACAAAUGUCAAAAUAAGGCUUUGUCUGCACAGAUCUUAUAAAGCAGUCCACUGACUGGAAACUAAAGCAAAGAGCCUUUGAAAUUCUUUGUAUUGUGUUUCUGAUAAGGGUUUACAUUUCCUAUCAAAAUACUUUCUAAUUAAGUUUGAGUUUAACUUUCAUUAACUAGUUGGUUGGUAAGUUUCAAAACUGUUAGGGACCAGAGUGCUUUGGAGUUUUUUUUGUCUUUUUAAGUCCUAACAGAGUAUACAUGUGUUUAUGCAAAAUUAAGUUUAAAAGGUGAUUCCAUGUAUGUAUUCUUCUUUUGGAAGGACCUUAAAUGAUAAAUCAUAAUGCUAAAUCAAUUUCCUUUCUGUAUCUGAUUGUAAUUGGCUUAACAUCAAAAUUUUAUGAAUGAAGUAGGUGGAAGAAUUCAAAAUAUAGCUUACGUACUGAGACUCCGAGAACAACGAAUGGCCCUUUUUUGGCAGAAGUGCGCUCUCUGGUUUGGUGUGUCCUGGAAGUUCAGAUCUUCAAGUGCAGACAAAUCUUUACUGAUCAUACUGCUCUUUUGGAAUACAGGUUCAGUCUUGCAGCAAUACAGUUUGUGUGGAGUGUUUCGUUAGAAUUGUGACACUUGAAAUGGAAGUACUUUAUGUAUGCGUGUUGGGGGAGCUGAACAGCCUUUGUUUGUAUAUUCUACGUGUGUCAUACGGAUUCUAUCAGGGCUUGAUGCUAAAACUUAGUGAUACUAUAUACUGGGAAUCAAAUUCUUUUCUGGGAUGCUUAUUGCUAUAAUUCCUGCUCAAAACUGGUUUUGAUCCAGGGAUACCUAUACCCAGAUGCAGAAUUUGGACUUAAAUUCCCAAAGAUGAAUCCCUGAUGCUAGUAACUUCUUUGCUUUUCCACAGUAUCUUUGAUUUUUUUUUUUUAACAUGUUGAAGUUUGACAGAAAAAAUGUACUUUGGCUGACUAUUUUACAUAUAUUUUAGAUUGUCUAUUACAUGAGUAAUAGUAAUGCUCUAAAGCUUAUUACACAACUUAUUAAAUCAGUUUUAUUUUUGUCCACUUUACAUGUUAAAGGUGUCUGGAGCUAAAAGAAUGUUUCAAGUAAACCACCUUUUCUCAUAUUAGUGUUGGAGAAAAGUGGAGAGACAAAUGUUGUUUCCAUUUGUGUUCUAUAAAAAGAGACUAUUUUUGUAGCUAAAACUUCAAUUGUUGCAUUUCAAUCCCACAGUCUUGCUUUGUGCAUAUAAAUAUAUUUAGGUCCGCUAUUUCAAACAGUGUAUGUAUAACAAGUCAAGUAUAAAAUUAAAAUAAUAAAAUGCACUCUUCUGAGAUAUGUUGCUGAAAAUAUGGCAAAUUAUUUUGACAAAUCAAAGAAUUCAAAACAAAAUAGAGAAAAUACAUUUAGCUAUUUAAGUUUUUAUUUCUUGAUGCUGCUGCUUAUUUUUUGAGAAGGUGCUUGCAGUUUUGCACAACAGAAAUCAACUUUAUUAAUUGAUGGGUUUGAAGCACUUUACGAUUCCUCUAAAUGCAACCAGCAUAUGGUUGAAUGAAAUGACAUUAAAAUCAUCUAAUGUCUUUAAAUUUAGGUUGUGCUCUUUCCAGUUCUGAUAGAUUUAAUCAAUACAUUACUUUAAAUAUAAAGCUGUUUUCAGAGAUUUGGAAUUAAAUUUAAUACCUAAUAGGAGAUCAUUUGAGAAACACCUCUAUUCAAAUGCCUGUGGGUUAGAUGCCUCCUAGCCAUCUAUUAUAUAAAGAGAAAACAAAGCUGCUUUGCCCUGAUAGCAAGAUCAGCUGAGAGCAUGGGGAUUUUUUCUUAAACAAAAUAUUUUAUUAACUCUUGCCUGUAUUUCAUAAGCUUGCUGUAUAUGUUAUGGUAAGGCCAGAACAUCUGCUUAAGAUUGGGACUCCAUUGUAACAGAUGCUACAUGAAUACCAUGGGAAGACACUGACCCUGCUCUAAAAUACUAGUCUGAAACCCUGAUACUUCCUAUGGACUACUUGCUUAAGUACGUAUGUGUUCAUCUCCCAGAAUGGGUCCUUAAUUCAGCACCUCAUAGGUUCUUAGGAUAACAAAAGCAGGGGAGAAAGUAAUCACGAAGAACUGCAUUUUAUGUUCACUACCUGAAACAGUAGUCAUUUGUUCUUUACUGAUAAGCUAAUUCAAUACCUAUAAGCAUAUGUUGUUGUAUUGUCUUCUAAUGGGAAAAACUGUUUUUUGAAAAAAACAAAAGUGUCACUAGCUUUUCUACGAAUUCAGAUGCAUAAAUUGGUGCUAAUUUUUUAAAAGAAAACUUAACGGAUGGUUAGCAGUGUAUUUGUCUGUUUUUGAUAUCUAUAUUUUCUUAAAUGGUGGCAAACCAAACUUUAUAAGGUGAUUAAUGUGCAUCUUCAUCAGAUAAAAAUUCCCAAAUUUUUCUGAAGUAAAAUGUUUAACCUUCCACAGUAGUUACUGCUUCUUUGGAGCUACUGCUUUCAGGUAUGUUAAACACUAAUAAAAUGAACACAAAUAGAAAAGAUAGCAAUACAUGACUACUUUCCCUUUCUUUAAAAUUCAUGACAUGUUGGGUUUCGCAGGUGUUUUAGCAGUUUGGUGUAAUCAAGAUACCAGAGUAAAUCACAUAGUUAGUUACCUGUAUGCAGUUAACUCAGUACAGUACAGGCUAUCUGGUUAUUAAAAUAAGUCAUAAAGGUUACACAAAUUUUCAGCCUUUUCAAGAGGGAAUAACAUAGAAAUAACUUUUCAUACAAAUAUAAAUUUUAAUGCCUGGGAAGCUGUUCUGUAGUGUAUUCUAGAAGACAAGCUAUAAAAGAUAACAAUAGUUGCUUGAGUCAUUUGUUAUAAGAUCCAGUUUUACCUAAUCCUUUAAAUAACUGUUUGUUCUCUCUGAAUUUCCUUUGUGAUGCUGUCAAGUUUUCACCCCCUUCAGAAUGCUUUGUAUAUCUUGUUUUGGCCUCCUUUUCUGCAUUCGGUUUACCAAAUGUCACAAAAAGUAGCAUCAAGCCCUAUCACUUGUUAUAGUGUUGAGUUUAUGGCCUUAAUUUCACUUAUAGUAUGGUAUAUAAUUUCUGAAGAAAGAUGUGCUUUGAAGUCUAACUAUAUAGAUACAUGUGGCCUCUUCUGCCUAUGAAAUUAGGCUUUGAUUGUCAUAUCUCAUUCUGAUGCUUGUGCAAUAGGAACAUGUUCCCUUUAGUGCAGUGGCUGUUUUGUCUGAUGCUGGACUUUGUUUUUCAGGAUGACUAGAAAAUAUAUAUAUAUUUUUUUCUUUUUAUGGGCAGCAGUCAUGCUUCCUUCAUUUUGGGCUGUUUUUUUAAUGGAAAGUAGAAAUUUCAUAAGGAAAGCUGUCAGUAACUAAUUCUGAAGUGCUAGUUAUAGCCUCAUUCUGAACCUUUUUGUUCUUUUCUCCAAAAAUCUUGUCAUAAAACACCAGUACUAAAGCCACUGUAAAAUUACAAAUAAAUAUGUAUACUUGAACAAUGUGA